ACCCGCUAAACCGAGCCGCAGCCGCAUAUCCCGCCUCUCGCGCGGGCACCAAGGUGCUCUCCCGGUCCAUCCAAGGCAAGGCACCCUUCCACCCUAGCGAUCACCGUGCCACGCUUCGUCGCGCCCUCACACAGAGCCGGCAGCAGCAGGGCACCGCCCACAAGGCCAAGCGGGAAGCCGCCCUCCCUCACAUCGACCGCCAGCGCCACCGCGCGAUCAAUCGCAGCGCCGAAUACAAGACGUCCGGCUGGUUGACCACCCUUGUCCUGAAGGCCAGCAAGACUGAUCUUGAUGCUGCGGGGUUUCAGAUCUCUCAAUAUGCAAUACGGACGGUACCCGCCCGGCCUUGCUGCGCGCCGCGACCACUGCAACAAACCCCUCACCGUCACUCACGCGCUCGACUGCAAGCGAUACGGCCUGGUGAAUCGGCGUCACAACGAGCUGAGGGACACCUUUGCUGAGCUGAUUGGGAUGGCGUGGGGUGCGGCUGGCGUGCGUCGGGAGGUGGUGUUGCAGGAGGGGACGAAGGGAGAGGACGGUGUCAGGGCGGACAUUGUCCCUCGGAGCGUUUGGGAGCGGCAGGCGGCUGCAUCGUAUGACGUCUGCAUCACUGAUGCUGACGCACCCUCCUAUGCUUCCAAGAACCGAUCGAUCAAGUCCAUCCUGAAGGGCCACGAGAAUAGCAAGAAGAACAAAUACCGCGAGGCCAUUCGCGACUCCCACAUGUCCUUCACUCCCUUGGUGGUGACGUGCGACAGAGUGUGGGGACACGAUGCCAACGUGAUCAUCGCCCACAUGGCCCGUGCGCUGAUGGAGAAGGAGGGGUGGACGGGACGGGAAUUUGGCUAUGUGUCUGGCUGGAUUCGCUCGCGUCCGUCCAUUGCUCUUGUGCGUGCCACUAGCUACUGCCUGCGUGGGGGAGGGAGGGCGUUUGGGGCAUUGGGGUGUGAUGGUGGGGCGGGAUCGAUCUCUCUUCCCCCUAACUGCGUAUUCAUGGGACUGGAUUCAUAAGUGAUACGGACACAGGGACGAUUGAUUCGGUCAAUGCAAGUACUUGUUGUGUAUACACACACUCCAAGUCGACGCGUGCAUGCACAGGUGUGCGCACA